CAAACACGAUUAAAACUUUGAAUACUACCUGGUAGUAAAGUCAAAAAGUGGCCAAAAGGGAUACAAUGUUCAUCCAAAAACUUGUUUAUUAUCCGACAGCGGCAUAGCGCCAUGGGAUCAUCGGAAUAAUAUCAGAAGGCAAGGCGCUUGGCCAUGGGAUCAUCGGAAUCUACUCUUUCAAGUUCACAAUUACAGAUUGAAGAUGGAAUCACCACCGUCUCAGAGCGAUUCGAAGACGUGGAUCCCAUGCUAGAGAAGCUUAGAUCCCUAAAAAUUGCAACUCCAAUAUUGACAUCUACAUCAACAGAGAGCAGAUUGACAGAUAUUUUGGUCAGGAAACCAUCAACUUCUGAUUCAGCUAUUGUAGAUCGGAAAGUGCUACUGGAAUUAUUCUCAAUGUAUCAAGAAUGGCAAGAAAAGCAGGCUCAAAACAUCAACAAAAGACAGGAAGAGAUAGAAAACAAAAUAGAACUUGCAGAUGCUUUAGCUGUAAAAAUUCUUCAAAGAUAUAAUUACUCUCUCUCAGCAAUGAAAACAACAUCAAAUCACCUUUCUGGAGGUGGCAAUUGGGGAGUUGAAAGGAAGGUUAACUGAAGUGAUUAGUAAUUGUGAUGGUUUAUGUAAGAGAAUAUCUGAUGUGGGACCCGAACAACUUCGGUCAACGGUCAAACCUUUUGCAGCAACCAUGAGUCAUGACCUUUCCUCCUCUACAUUAAAUGGUGUGCAAUCUCAACCUCUUAACAAAUAACCCUAUUUGUUUCUUGUAUAGUUUCUAUAUAUUUUUACAUUGUGAUGUGAUUGCAUUUGCGUAUCUUAAUUACUCCAUUUUAUGGUGUGAAACAUGUGAUUAAAUUAACGAAUAUUGAUUAUACUAACACGAGCUAUCAAGAUGUUUUAAUAACCC